GGCCACGGCACUGCCCAACACUUACCUCACUUGUCUCAUCCAUCUAACACUCUCUCUGCUCUGCUCUGGUCGGCGAGUAGCGAGUGGCGAGGAGCUCGUGCCCAGGAAGUCGCGCUCUAUUGUCCUUUCGCGGUUUGCUUGUUUACCACCGCGGUACCUCUGCUCCGUACUCUGUUUUUCGGUUCUGUUCUGUUCAAGUUUCCUUGCUGCUGUUUUUACAUUAUUUAUUUAUUUAUUUAAUUUUUUGUUGUGGAACAUUUUUGUGAUUCGCUGACUGACUGCACUUGAUUGAUUCGUUGAUUUUGGAAGACUCGGCGCGGGUUCUUGCGUCGCGGUCGGUGAUGUGAUUGGAGCGGGUGAGUUCGCGUGUGGGCCCCAGGCCCGUAAGGCCCAGCCUGCGGCCGAUGCCCAGAACGGGCGUUGCUUCCAAUCGAAAUGAAUGCAGCUCUAUUUGUGGUGCCGCCACCGUUUGCCGCCAAAAUACGUUCGAGCAUCACCGUUGCCGUCCUCCUGACCUACCUCUGUGCCUACUUCAAUAUUGCCAUCGCUGGUACUUGUUGGUCUACCAUGAUCCGCAACAACAACGGACGGUGCAUGGAAAUCCUGCGUGAGAAAAGCACCAAGGAGGACUGCUGCCAGGCCGCCAGCUCUAGUCGUUCCCUCACAACCGCCUGGUCCUCCAGCGAACUGGACAACGGCACGCUGUUCUUCUAUCGGAUCCUCGGUGGUGGCGUGCCAUGUUCACCAUGCAGAGAUUCUUGUCGGGACGUGGAGUGUGGCGUGGAGAAGUCGUGCGUGAUUCGGAAGGGCGUGCCCAAGUGCAUCUGCUCGUCCAAGUGCAGGGAGAACAGCAACAAGGCGGUACGAUCCAACGGUGGACCGGGCAGGGGGGCGGUUUGCGGGAGCGACGGUCGCAGCUACAGGAACGUAUGUCGGCUCAAGAAGCGCGCCUGCAGGAGGAGGACAACCACGCUGACGGUCGCUUACAAUGGCAUCUGCCAAAGUUCCUGUGAUAGAAUCAACUGUCCAUCAGGCAAACACUGUCUCCUAGAUCAAAAUUUGACCCCGCACUGUGUGAACUGCACGAAAAAAUGUACGGCUUCCGCCCCCAAACGUCGCCAGGUGUGCGGUUCCGACGGUCUCACGUACCCCAGCACUUGUCACCUACGCGAGAAAGCUUGUCGCAAGGGAAAAGCCAUACCGAUCGCCUACAAGGGUGCAUGUCGAGCCAAAGCGACAUGUGAAACGGUGAAAUGUCGCGAACGACAGACGUGUCUGACGGAUUUGAAGUCGGGGAUGCCCCGCUGCGUCUCCUGCUCGGACAACUGUAGACCGAGGCAUUUACACGGUCCGAUUUGCGGCACCAACAACUCCACGUAUCCGACCUGGUGCCACAUGAUGAACGACUCGUGCCAACGCGGCUACGUCAUUGACACCUUGCACAGCGGAAAAUGCCGGGCGAAGGUGAAGCUGGGGAAGACUUGAUCGUUGCUUAUUAAACUUAGAUUGCAAUCUAGGAAAUCUGAAACUGUAAACCAAAGAGAUGAAACGAAUACUUACGUGUGUUUGUAAAUGUAGCCAAAUUACUCGGAAAUUGCUGAAAUCAAAAUGACUAGCAAAUUAAUAGGUACUAACUAAUUGACACAGUUAAAUUCCAUAAUAUUAUAAUAUCUUAAUAAUAAUGACAUUAACUAAUAAUAAUGAAUGUCCAGAACUGUAGGUAAUAGAAAAUGGAUGUAGUGAAGAUGUUAUUAUAUUUAUGUAUAUAUCACUUGUAAACGGUGUUCAUGUAAAAUUAUUUACUAACAAGUGUGAAAUACAUGAACUCCGACACGAGGACAAGGUUUAUGAAUUCGAGUUACUAAUUUCGCGAAGUUAUUUUUGAGCUCGCCUCGUCAAAAUAACUGCAAUGCCAAAACACAUUAUUUUAUUACUCAAACAUUUAAUAUAUAUUUUUAUUGGAAACGGAAAGGUAAAUUAUAUAAUGUACAAUACUAAUAAUUUUUAACUGAAAUCAAUUUUUUUAUUAUGAGAAGAGUAAAUUUCUAAUUUAUAAUACAAAAAAUUGUCAUAGAAAUGUAUUCAUAAUUCAACAGAAUUAUUUAGCCUGUGACAAUAAUCGAUGUGUUAUGUUUGUUUUCAGUUUGAAAAUAACGUCGUCAAAUUACCUUGCUCGGAUUCAAAACAACCCAACAAGUAACAACUCUGAACUUAAACGAAAAACAUUAAAAUUGACGUGCGACAGAAUUUCAACACAAUGCAAACGUAUAAAGGAAACUUCUGUGACGACACUGGCUCAAACACUCGGCCGGACAACAUUAUUUCAAUUUAAUUAUUCAUUUAGAUGCAAAUGACGGGUCCGAGAAAAUUCUUCGGUCAUAUAGGCCGUAUCUUUCCUCGACUUAUCUCCCAAUAAGAAGUUUUUCCAUUAAAACGGGAAUUCGAAGAGUCAACCGCUUCGUAACAGAAUUAAGGUUGUUUAUUAUAAUGUGUUGAAAUAAUAACAAUUUGAUUUGCAUUUAAAUAUUCCUGCUCUCAGAUUGAUAAAGACUGUUCCAUUCGAUGCGUUUACGAGGGGCAAAUAAUCACUCUAAAUAUCUUCGUGUCUCCGAUGCCAGCCGUUUUUGUGUUUCGAUUCGAAAACGAUCGAAAACUAUUUGAUAACGGCCGAGGCUUUGAAUUAACUUGGGCAACAAUUAAAAUGUGUCCAAUAAAAAUCAUUUCGUACGCACAUUUAUGCCGAUCAUUAUUAAACAACUGCGGUACGUGAAAUUAAAAGUUUUCCUCAAUUAAAUUUUUAAUGAGCCCCUGUAUUGUGUGCACGUGUUUGGUACAAAAUCAAGGGAUCUGGCUUGCAAAACACGUCGAGAUAAAUAAACAGCAAAUUAAGUAAACUGUCCAAGUUUUUUGCCGCAAUCGCAACGGAAUUAUCAUAAAAUUCAUAUUGACGCUGCAGAAUGCAUAACAUGAAUUCUGAGCCCAAAAUGUCCUUAUUAUUUAAAUAUCCUCAUUUGUAUGUAUUUAUAAAACCACUUUCUAGUAGUAUUAUCAUAAAGUAUAAAGUAAAUGUUUACCUCAAAAUGGUUAAGUGGAGAAAAUUAUUCCAGGUACGACAAUUGCAUUUGAUUUUUGUUUGGGAGCAUGCGUGUUUUUUUUCCAAUGCAACACGUCAUCGUUCUCGGAAACAACUUCACAUCAGGAUACAUAAAUUGUGUAUAAUAUUUAUUAUUAACACAUCAGUUAGCAAAGUGUUUCUAGUUAAACCAGGUACUGUAAACACCAUUGGAAUUUCAUCUGUGUAAGAUCAUCUAUAUGUACGUUCUCGCAUCUCUAAAUCCUUUUUCUAUAGAAAUGUUCCCAAGAACGUAGCUUUUUUCAUUCUAAAAUUAGACCGGCAACUAUUUUUAUGCGGUUUAUUGGACGUUAUGAUGAGUGGAAUAUUAAAAAUGUUCAGUAGUGCUAUCUUGAAAAUCUCUAAGAUGUUUAUGGUACUCAGAAAAUCUUUUAAAUUAAUUCUUCGAAAUUUCAAGUUGUCGACAACGCUAAGCGACAAGUCGGAGUUGUUACGUGAAGCAGUGAUUAUUUCCUGCUAAGUAGUUGCUUUCAACAAAAUUUAAUUUGCGGAAAAGUCUGAUUAAAACGUAAUGAAACGUCAAAAUGAACACGCAAUAUGUAACUGAUGUUAUUUUGAGGUUUCAGUGUAUAUUUAACACUAAUUUCGAUUGUUAAAUAGUUAAAUAGUUGUAUUAUUAGAUUAAAAUAAACGAUCUAUAUAAAAGCUAAUACCAAAAAUAUUUUGAUUGUUUUUAUUUGGGAUUUGCGCUUACGUGUACGUGUACUUUCAUUUGGUACCUUCACAUGUAAGUAUAUCCUGUAAAUAAUAAUUCUUUAAAUUAAUUUUUGUGUACUUAAAGAUUUAUUUUAUUUUUUUUUUU